UCCAAAACGGAAUUUAUGUUGAGAAAAGCCAUUUCUAGUGCUAUUACAGAGGUUGAAAUGUUCAAACAACUUUUCCUCUAAGCAAAAGCAAACGCUUCGUUUGUAUUUCUCCCAAGCUUCGCUAAACACAGCAUUUUAAGCCUUCAAGCUAUGUAAAAUUCAAUACCAAAAGAGAAGCCACAAUAUAUUAUUAUGUUUAAGCUAUAGCAGGUAGAAUAUAUUAUCAUACAUCUCCACCUUACAGCAAUACUCUAACAAGAAAGGGAAGAGAGAGAUGGAAAAGAGCAAAGUUCUUAUUGUUGGGGGAACUGGCUACAUAGGGAAAAGGUUGGUGAAGGCAAGUUUAGCUCAAGGACACCAAACAUUUGUCCUUCACAGGCCAGAGAUUGGUGUUGACAUUGAGAAAGUUCAGCUUCUCUUGUCGUUCAAGGAACAAGGAGCAAGACUAGUGUCAGGUUCCUUUAAUGAUCAUCAGAGCCUGGUGAAUGCCGUGAAACUGGUUGAUGUUGUCAUUUGUGCCAUAUCUGGUGUUCAUAUCCGCAGCCACCAAAUCCUCCUCCAACUUAAACUUGUUGAUGCAAUAAAAGAAGCUGGAAAUGUCAAGAGAUUUUUGCCUUCAGAGUUUGGGACCGAUCCUGCUAGAAUGGGACAUGCAUUGGAGCCUGGAAGAGUAACAUUUGACGACAAAAUGGUUGUGAGAAAAGCUAUUGAAGAGGCUGGAAUACCAUUCACCUAUAUUUCUGCUAAUUGUUUUGCUGGUUACUUUCUUGGUGGGUUGUGUCAGCCUGGCUUUAUAAUGCCCCCAAGGGAUUCUGUGGUGUUAUUUGGAGAUGGAAACGUAAAGGCUAUCUAUGUGGAAGAAUAUGAUAUAGCCAUGUAUACUAUCAAAAGCAUAGAUGACCCCAGAACUCUGAACAAAACAGUUUACAUCAGGCCACCAGAAAACAUACUGUCCCAGAGAGAAGUUGUUCAAAUUUGGGAGAAACUGAUUGGGAAAGAGUUGCAGAAAUCUUCAAUUUCUGCAGAACAGCUUUUGAGUUCCAUGGAAGGACAACCUUAUGAACAGCAAGUAGGAAUUGGACAUUACUACCAUGUUUGCUUUGAAGGCUGUCUCACAAAUUUUGAGAUUGGAGAAGAAGGGGUUGAAGCUUGUGAAUUGUAUCCUGAAAUAAAGUACACUACUGUUGAAGACUACAUGAAACGCUAUGUAUAGAAGCUUGUGUUUGAAUUGGAAUAAAGAAAACAAAAACUGUUUGUGCAACAGAGCAAUUUGUGAUCAUAUAAUUACUGUUUUACUUGCA